AUUCUUCAUGAUCUUGCGAGCUUCUUUAUGAACCUGACUCGGGCAGCGAUUCGUAUGGAACUGAUGGAGUCCUCGGGUCGCAGUGAUGGAGCAGCACUGUUGGAAGAGUCCUGCUGCCCACCGAAAGCCACUGAAGACAUCUGGUUUGGAUGCUGUUUCUGCACGUAUGCCACUAGAGAUCAGCAUGGGAUCAUGAGCCACCUGGUUACCCAUGGUGAUGAACAAUUCAACUGCCAGCAUCCUCUCAUGUCCUCUGGCUCUAGGUCCAAAGUGCACUGUAACGCUCAGCACACAGGGGAUAAUCCGUACAAGUACAAGCUGUGUCUGCAAGCCUUUACUCAGAAUUGUGAUCCGACAAGCCAUAAUCGAAAACACACUGGUGAAAAACCUUUAAAGUGCAAGCUGUGCCCCCAAACCUUUUCCUACCUUUCCAUGCUAAUAGCCCACAAUCGAACACACACAGGUGAAAGGCCAUUCAAGUGCAAGCUGUGUCCUCGAGCCUUCUUUCGGAGUAGCAGUCUGAAAAAACAUAAUCGAACGCAUACACGUGAAAAACUUUUCAGUUGCAAGCUGUGUCCCCAAGCCUUUUAUCGAAGUAGCCAUCUCAAAAUCCAUAAUCGAAUGCAUACAGGUGAAAGACCUUUCAAGUGCAAGCUGUGUCCCCAAGCCUUUAUUCAACAUGACAGUCUGAUCCUCCAUAAUCGAAAACACACGGGUGAAAAGCCAUUCAAAUGCAAGAUGUGCCCCCAAUCCUUUGCUGUCAGUUCCUAUCUGAAAAUCCACAAUCGAACACACACUGGUGAAAAACCUUAUAAGUGCAAGCUGUGUCCCCAAGCCUUUUCUCAGCAUUGCCAUUUGAUAUACCAUAAUCGAACACACAGUGGAGAAAAACCUUAUAAGUGCAAAGUGUGUCCCCAAGUCUUUUCUAGGAGUUGCCAUCUGAAAAACCAUAAUCAAAUGCAUACAGGUGAAAAACCUCACAAGUGCAAGGAAUGCCUCCGAGCCUUUGCUCACAAGAGCGGUCUGCUACGCCAUAAACGAACACACGGUGGUGAAAAACCUGAAGUGCAAGCUGUGUCACCAAGGCUUUGUCCAGAAUUAACAAAUGACUUGCAAUAAUCAAGCACACCUAGGUGAAACAAAGUGCAGGUGUUGCAAGUGGGAUCAUGCUUUUGCUCGUUUCAUCUUCCUUUCCACUUGCUCGAGGUGUGCUCUUUUAAGGUGUGGUCUAAUGAGUUUGUAAAAAUGCCUUCAUUGUUUUUUUUCGUUUACCUCUAUGUGAAUGUAACGUUGCAGAAAAAACAUGUGCGACUAGAACUUGGUUUUACCGUGUUUUAAUAAAAAGAAAAGGCUGGCAGUUUCAUCUCGCACACUGUAGUUUCCUUUCAGCGGUUGCAGGUCUUGGUACUGAAUUAUAUGUGGAGUCAUCUUGUAAAAGAUUUCUAUAUUGAUGUCCUGUAUCUUGCAGUGAUCUCAAUUCAGCAGUUACCUUGGCGGGGGACCGAUUUCUGAGCGUGUAAGCGUCGCAGCAAUUUGUGCCCCCCCUUUCCCGAUUCGCACAUUGCUAGUUGAAUUCCCUCUCGCCCCCCACCCCCUCAGCAGGUUUUGCUAUAAAUUGAGAUUUUAACAAUUUUCAAUAUAGCUUGAAAUUCCUUUGCAGGACUGCAUUGACGAAGGGUAGAGUGAACUUGGAAUCAACAUUAAAAUGCUUUCCAUUUCUGC